GAAAACAAAACCCUAAAAGGGUUCUUUGAAACAACCAAUUCGCCGCCAGAUCGAUCUCUUUCACUUCUUGCAGCUAUCAGUUAUCUAUAUACAUGUAACCCAAACAAACCCUCUUCACUGUCUGUCUUCAUCACCUCAUAUUUAUUGUUUUUUUGGCAACCCUUUUGUUAUAACUGGCUCUUUCUGCAAUCCAAUGUGAAACCAGUUGAAAUUUGUUGCCAAAAUUUCUUCUUUUUUAUUUCUUUUAUUUUCUUUUUGUUCUCUGAUCAUCUAAAGAUUUGUUUUUUAGGUGAUAAAGGUGUUAAAUUUUCAAUCUUUAUCAGUUUUUUUGUUAAAUUUGUUGCCAUAGUUGUGUUUAACUUAUGUUAAAGUUUGUUGAUUUUGAUUUUUAGGGUUUUUUUUAAGGUUUUUAGGGUUUGUGUUGUGUGAGUGAUCAAAGAUUAGAUUUUUAUUUCUUGUGUCAUCAUCUGGGUAUUUUUUUUUAAUUUUUUUUUAACUUUUUUUAGAUUAUGCUGUUGGUUUUUGUUUUCUUGAUAUAAUUUUCAAAAUUUUACAUUGAAUAGAUGUUAUCUGAAAUGGGUAGGAGACCGGUAAUAGGUAGUGGUGGUGAGGGUUCAUUUGGGGAUGAAUUGGAAAAGGAGAUCGGGUUGUUGCUCCGCGAACAACGGCGUGAAGCCGAUGAUCGCGAAAAGGAGCUUAACAUGUAUAGAAGUGGUUCAGCACCACCUACUGUAGAGGGUUCAUUAAGUGCAGUUGGUGGUUUGUUUAACAAUAACCAUGGUCAAGGUCAAAGUCAAAGUCAAACUAAUGGUUUAGGUUUUUCGGAAUUUGCCGGUGGCAAUGGAUUUAGGUCGGAAGAUGAACUUAGGGCUGACCCUGCUUACAUAUCUUACUAUUAUUCGAAUAUGAAGUUAAACCCUAGGUUGCCGCCACCACUUGUGUCGAAAGAGGAUUGGCGGUUUACUCAGAGGUUGCAGGGCGGUGGAGGGUCUGGAUUGGGCGGGAUUGGAGAUCGGAGGAAAUCUAAUAGGAGUGAUGGUGGCGGUGCGAGUGUUGGCGGCGGCGGUGGUGGCGGCGUGUCGCUUUUCUCUAUGCCGCCUGGUUUUAACUCGAAGAAACAGGAGAAUGAGAAUUCGGAGGCGGAGAAAGUUAAGGCUUCUGCGGAGUGGGGCGGUGAUGGAUUGAUCGGUUUGCCCGGUUUAGGAUUAGGUAGCAAACAGAAGAGCCUUGCCGAAAUUUUCCAGGAUGAUUUGAGCCGUUCCACUCCACCUUCUGGACACCCUUCUCGACCCGCAAGUCGUACUGCUUUUGAAAACAAUGACGAACCCCUAGGUCAUGCCGACGCUGAGCUGGCUCAAUCACACAGUGUGAAGGGUCAACCAACAUCAUAUUCUUACGCUGCUGCUUUAGGUGCUUCUUUAUCAAGAAGCACAACCCCUGACCCACAACACAUUGCUCGGGUCCCAAGCCCGAUUCCUACCCCAAUCGGAGGUGGGCGGGUCAACCCGUCGGAUAGGAGAAACCCCAACGGUCCAGGUUUGUUUAACGGAGCUAUGUCUCAGCCCAAAGAUCCGGCUGAUUUGGUUACCACACUUUCCGGUAUGAAUUUGUCAAACGGGGUCAUGGGGGAAGAGUCAAACCUGACCCAGUUUGACCAAAACGCUGAUGAUCAAAACGCUUUUCGUCUGAAUAUGCUGCAGAAUCCGAAAAGUAAUAAAAACAAUCUGUACUUUGACGGCUCUUCGAGUAACUUACAAUCUCAAUAUCAGCAUAAUAACGGCGGUGGACGUUCUUAUAUGAACAACGGUUCAAGUGGGCAUUCCGUCAAUUCUGUGAAUUCGCCGCAAAUGAUGUCCAGUCAACACGGCGGGAGCUUGAAUCUGCCGCCACUUUUUGAAACCGCCGCUGCAGCUUCUGUCAUGGGUUACCCCGGAAUGGAAUCAAGAUUCGGUUUGGAAUCACCAAACAUGAGCCGGCUUAUGAACCAAAUGUCGGGAAACACACUCCAAGGAUCUCUUAUGGACCCCAUGUAUCUCCAGUACUUAAGAUCAACCGAAUACGCUGCAGCCGCUGCCCAAAUUGCCGCCCUCAACGACCCCACUAUUGACCGGAGCAACUAUCUUGGGAAUUCUUACGAAGACUUGCUUCAAAAAGCGUAUCUCGGAAGUUUACUGUCACCGCAAAAAUCACAAUACGGUGGUGUUCCGUAUGUAGGAUCGUCCGGUAGUCCUCACCACCAUGGUUAUUACGGGAACCCUGCGUUUGGAAUGUCGUAUCCAGGAAGCCCGUUAGCAGGCCCACUUCCCAACUCUCCCGGAGGGCCCGGUAGCCCAAUGAGGCUCGGUGAACUCAACGCUCGAUUUUCUCCUCAAAUGAGAAAUUUAGGUGGUGGUAGUGGCGUGAUGGGGCAUUGGCAUUUAGAUGGUGGAGAAAGUACCUUUGCGUCCUCUUUGCUAGAAGAGUUUAAAAGCAAUAAAACUAGGAGUUUUGAGCUUUCGGAAAUCAACGGUCAUGUUGUCGAGUUUAGCGCGGACCAGUACGGUAGCCGUUUCAUUCAACAGAAACUUGAAACCGCUACUACCGAGGAUAAAAACAUGGUCUUUCAAGAGAUUUUCCCUCAGGCUCUUACUUUGAUGACCGAUGUCUUCGGAAAUUACGUGAUUCAGAAGUUUUUCGAGCAUGGAAUGCCAGCUCAGCGAAGAGAAUUGGCCGGAAAGCUGUUGGGCCAUGUUUUGUCCCUUAGUCUUCAAAUGUACGGCUGCCGAGUUAUACAGAAGGCGAUUGAAGUUGUUGACUUGGACCAAAAGAUCAAGAUGGUGGAAGAACUGGACGGGCAUAUCAUGCGUUGCGUACGCGAUCAAAACGGGAACCAUGUUAUCCAAAAGUGUAUUGAAUGUGUUCCUGAAGAACAUAUUCAGUUUAUCAUCACGACUUUCUUCGAUCAAGUUGUGGUCCUUUCAACCCAUCCGUACGGUUGUCGUGUCAUACAGAGGGUGCUUGAGCAUUGUGAGGAUCCUAAAACUCAAAGCAAGGUGAUGGAUGAAAUCCUUGCGUGUGUAAGCAUGCUAGCACAAGAUCAGUACGGAAAUUAUGUCGUUCAGCAUGUAUUGGAACAUGGAAAGCCGCAUGAGCGGUCUAUAAUAAUUCAAGAGUUGGCUGGGAAGAUCGUUCAGAUGAGUCAACAGAAGUUUGCAUCAAACGUGGUUGAAAAAUGUUUGACUUUUGGUGAUGCUAGUGAACGUCACCUUCUUAUGAACGAGAUGCUCGGUACUACCGAUGAAAAUGAGCCCCUUCAGGCAAUGAUGAAAGAUCAGUUUGCAAAUUACGUGGUGCAAAAAGUACUUGAAACUUGUAGUGAUCAAGAACGUGAACACAUAUUGUCGCGAAUUAAGGUUCAUCUGAACGCGCUUAAGAAAUACACUUAUGGAAAACAUAUCGUUGCUCGUGUAGAGAAACUUGUUGCCGCUGGAGAAAGGAGAAUGGCUGCACAGUCGGCACACGCCGCAUAGGGAAGAAAGUUGUACAGCUAAUGAAGGAAGGCUAGUUUGAGCUACCCUUUUCUCUCUCAUCUCUCCGUCUGUUUUUAAGAUCUCCUAGAUGCAAAUAAAGUUUGGUUUGACUUGAAAAACUGUACAUUCUGUAGCGUUUGAAAGUUUAUACGUAGAGUUACUUUUUUAUCAUAAGAAAGAAUGUUGAGAGGGCGGCUAGGGGAUGUAAAGGAAAAGGCGAGGGAGGAGGAGGUAGUAGUUUUGUGACUGUACAAAAAUGUUGCUCUUAUUUAUCGGUAGAGCAUGAGUUGAUGUUUUUAGGCGUUAUGGUAUGGUGUCCUAUGCUAUGCCAUUUAAACAGUUUUCUUAUAAUUUAUCCUUCAGUUU